AUGUGUGGUAUCUUUGCUGCCUUCAGACAUGAAGAUGUAACUUCAUUCAAAUCAAAAGCCCUACAACUCUCAAAAAGAAUUAGACAUAGAGGUCCAGAUUGGUCCGGUAACGUCGUCAAAAACUCCACCAUCAUGGUCCAUGAACGUCUUGCCAUCGUCGGUCUAGACUCUGGUGCUCAACCAAUCACUUCUCCAUGUGGUAACUACACUCUUUGUGUUAACGGUGAAAUUUAUAACCAUAUCCAAUUAAGAGAACAAUUUCCUGAUUACAAAUUUAAAACUUUAUCAGAUUGUGAACCUAUCAUCCCACUAUACUUGAGAGAUGACAUCGACGCUCCAAAAUCUUUAGACGGUAUGUUCGCUUGGACUCUUUACGAUUCAAAGAAAGAUCGUAUUCUCGCAGCAAGAGAUCCAAUCGGUGUUACUACUUUAUACAUGGGCCGUUCAUCUAUGUCCCCAAAAACUGUCUUCUUCGCCUCUGAACUAAAAUGUCUUGUCGAUGAUUGUGACAGCAUUGUUGCCUUCCCACCAGGUCACAUUUACGAUUCCGAAACUGAUAAGAUUACUCGUUAUUUCACUCCAAACUGGAUUGAUGAAAACAAGAUUCCAACUACUCCAGUCGAUUACACAGCCAUUAGACACUCCUUAGAAAAGGCCGUCAGAAAAAGAUUAAUGGCUGAAGUCCCAUACGGUGUCUUAUUAUCUGGUGGUUUGGAUUCUUCUUUAAUCGCUUCCAUUGCUGCUAGAGAAACUGAAGCUGCCAACAGGGAAUUAGACGCCUCUCAAUACGCUGAAGAAGGUUCUCAUUUGGCUGGUAUCGACGACGAAGGUCAUCUAAGAACUUCUGGCUGGUCUCGUCUACAUUCUUUUGCCAUUGGUUUACCAGGUGCUCCAGAUUUAAUUGCCGCUAAGAAAGUCGCCAAAUUCAUCGGUUCCAUCCAUCACGAACAUACUUUCACUUUACAAGAAGGUAUUGACGCUCUAGACGAUGUCAUUUACCAUUUAGAAACCUACGAUGUUACAACGAUUAGAGCCUCGACUCCAAUGUUCUUACUUUCAAGAAAAAUUAAAGCUCAAGGUGUUAAGAUGGUUCUAUCAGGUGAAGGUUCAGAUGAAAUUUUCGGUGGUUACCUGUAUUUCGCUCAAGCUCCAUCUGCUGCUGAAUUCCACACCGAAUCUGUCAAGAGAGUUAAGAACUUACAUUUAGCUGAUUGUCUAAGAGCUAACAAAUCUACCAUGGCUUGGGGUCUAGAAGCAAGAGUUCCAUUUUUGGAUAGAGAAUUCUUAGAUCUAUGUAUGAAUAUCGAUCCAAAUGAUAAAUUAAUUAACCAAAAGGAAGGCCGUAUCGAAAAAUACAUCUUAAGAAAGGCUUUCGACACAAAGGAUGAUCCAUCUGCUAAACCAUACUUACCAGAUGAAAUCUUAUGGAGACAAAAGGAACAAUUCUCCGAUGGUGUCGGUUACUCUUGGAUUGAUUGUUUAAAGGACACCGCAGAAAAGGUUAUUAGUGAUGAAAUGUUCGCUAAUCCAAAAUCUCACUGGGGUAAAGAUAUUCCAACAACUAAGGAAGCUUAUUGGUACAGAUUGAAGUUCGACGCUCUAUUCCCACAACCAACUGCCGCUGAAACUGUCAUGAGAUGGAUUCCAAAGGCUGACUGGGGUUGUGCUGAGGAUCCUUCCGGUAGAUACGCCCAAAUUCAUGAAAAACACAUUCAAUGA